UCGCACCAAGCCGAGCUCGCAGCUCGCUCGCGCAUUCACACCUGUCAACUUUGCGCCCCGACUCCUGGGGACGCGCGGUCGGAGCCGCCCGCCCAAGCCGGGUCCCCGCUGCCUGGCCCAGCCCCAAGCCGCUCCGCGCCUCCAGCCUGCGUCUCCCCCGGACCUUGGCGGAGGUUCAGACCUUACGCUGCUUCCCCUCGCCAGAAGUCUUGAUGAAGUAGCCAGUUGUGGAACCACACGGACUCCUAAGCAAAAAUGGCGUUCCAUGUGGAAGGACUGAUAGCUAUCAUCGUGUUCUACCUUCUGAUCUUGCUGGUUGGAAUAUGGGCUGCCUGGAGAACCAAAAACAGUGGCAGUGCCGAAGAGCGCAGUGAAGCCAUCAUAGUUGGUGGCAGAGAUAUUGGUCUGCUGGUGGGUGGAUUUACCAUGACAGCUACCUGGGUUGGAGGAGGUUAUAUCAAUGGGACAGCUGAAGCAGUGUAUGUUCCAGAAUAUGGUCUAGCUUGGGCUCAGGCACCCAUUGGAUACGCUCUGAGUCUGAUUUUAGGUGGUCUCUUCUUUGCCAAACCUAUGCGCUCAAAGGGCUACGUGACCAUGUUAGACCCUUUUCAGCAGAUCUAUGGAAAGCGCAUGGGUGGACUCCUGUUUAUUCCUGCGCUAAUGGGAGAGAUGUUCUGGGCCGCAGCUAUUUUUUCUGCUUUAGGAGCCACCAUCAGCGUAAUCAUUGAUGUUGAUGUGCAUGCUUCUGUCAUUGUCUCCGCAGUCAUUGCCAUCCUGUACACCCUGGUGGGGGGUCUCUACUCAGUGGCCUACACUGAUGUUGUCCAACUUUUUUGCAUAUUUGUAGGUCUGUGGAUCAGUGUCCCAUUUGCAAUGUCCCAUCCUGCAGUUACUGACAUUGGAUACACAGCUGUGCAUACCAAAUACCGGGAGCCUUGGCUGGGGACCAUUGAAUCCUAUGAAGUCUACACUUGGCUUGAUAAUUUUCUGUUGUUGAUGCUGGGUGGAAUCCCAUGGCAGGCCUACUUUCAAAGGGUCCUUUCUUCAUCCUCAGCCACCUAUGCUCAAGUGCUCUCCUUUCUGGCAGCGUUUGGGUGCCUGGUAAUGGCUCUACCAGCAAUACUCAUUGGAGCCAUUGGAGCAUCAACAGACUGGAACCAAACUACGUAUGGGUUCCCAGAUCCCAAGACUAAAGAGGAAGCAGACAUGAUUUUACCAAUUGUUCUUCAGUAUCUUUGCCCUGUGUACAUUUCUUUCUUUGGUCUUGGUGCGGUCUCUGCUGCUGUUAUGUCAUCAGCAGAUUCUUCAAUCUUGUCAGCAAGCUCUAUGUUUGCUCGGAACAUCUAUCAGCUUUCAUUCAGACAAAAUGCAUCAGACAAGGAAAUCGUCUGGGUCAUGCGAAUCACGGUCCUUGUGUUUGGAGCAUCUGCAACAGCCAUGGCCUUGCUCACAAAGACAAUCUAUGGUCUCUGGUACCUCAGCUCAGAUCUUGUUUACAUCAUCAUCUUCCCACAGCUGCUUUCUGUGCUCUUUAUUAAGGGAACUAACACAUAUGGAGCCGUGGCAGGUUACAUUUCCGGCCUUUUACUACGAAUAACUGGUGGAGAGCCAUACUUACACCUUCAGCCCUUAAUCUUUUACCCUGGUUACUAUUCUGACAAGAAUGGUAUGUAUUAUCAGAGAUUCCCAUUUAAAACUCUUGCAAUGGUUACCUCAUUCAUAUUCAAUGUUUGUAUUUCUUAUCUAGCCAAAUACUUAUUUGAAAGUGGAACCUUGCCACCCAAAUUAGACGUAUUUGAUGCUGUUGUUGCAAGGCACAGUGAAGAAAACAUGGAUAAGACAAUUCUGGUCAAAAAUGAAAACAUUAAGUUAGAUGAACUUGCACCUGUGAAGCCUCGGCAGAGCAUUACACUCAGUUCAACUUUCACCAACAAAGAGGCCUUUCUUGACAUCAGUUCCAGUCCAGAUGGAUCUGGGACCGAAGAUAAUCUAUAGUAAUCCCUGUAGAAAUAAAAAACUGCUUUCUCAAACAGGCGAGUCCUGAAAGUAUGGUGUGCAGCAUAUAAAAAUAUAUUUUAAAAAUUACAAGAGGCCAAAAAUCCAUAUGAAAGUGCAAUUUUACAAAUGCAAAGAUAUUAGGAAACACUUAAAAAAAGCAGUGGCUUUCUCUCAUUGAUGCAUUCUCAUUUGAUUUUGACUUCAAUAGUUUUUUUCAGUAGCCAAAAAUACAUAAAAUCCCACUAAAAAGAUCUAUGACAAGAUUAAUUAUAUUUAUUAUGGUAAAUUAAAUAUAUAUGAAAGAACCUAGGAAAUCAAAUAGGCUUUCUCCGGACAUCAUUUAAUAGCAUUAUUAAAAAAUAGCUUAACUAUAGCUCUGAAGCUCUUUGAAUAAUUUAUCUGUACUUUGAUUAAUCAUGUAAUGAAUUUACAAGCUGAUUUUAUUGAUGUGAUGAUAAACAUUUCUAUUCAUGUUUUAUAACAUUUGCUAGCUUUUUUCUUUUAGUGGUAUACCAAAUAUAUUAUAUUGUGUUUUUCCUUUUUUGUGAAAUGUAGCAGAAAGAAAUUGAGUUCGUUUUUGUGAUGUAGUGCUGGCUUCCUUUGAUUGUGUUCAUACCUGCAAUAAUCACUUAAGAUAGGCACGAAAGAGCAAAAAUACAUGAUUAUUAGGGAAAUUUAAGCAAUAAAUCUAUAUGCUUAUUAAUCAGAAAAUAGAUUUCAUCUCCAUAUGAAGUUUUGCUUCAAAGAUGCAAUGUUUUGAUUUAUUUGUAAAUUAGUAAUGGUAUUAAAUAUGAACCAUUUAAGGUAGCACUAGAAAAGUAUAAUGGGAGACAAACUGGCACCUCCCCAUGAUAGUAAAACUAGAAAACAAUACCCAAUAAAUUUUGGAUAUUCUAGUAUAAAGACAUCUAGUAUAAAGAGAUCAAAUCUGCGGCAAUAUUUUGCAUAAACCACACUUAGUGCUAGAUUAAUUAUCAUUAAAAAAUAGCAUAUAGUGAGUGUUAAAAUGUUAAAGAAAACAGAAAGUAACAAUAAGAACUAAAGAGAAAAAAAUGCCCCUACUUUGUGUCUGCAUAAUUAUAAUGAGUAUUAAAGUAUUAUUUUGCCCCUUUUCUGGAUAUAUAUAUAAAACAUAUAUAGUAUGUCAUAUAAUUUAAGAAUUUUAAAUGUUUUCUCACUAAUCAUAUUAUAAAAGUAACUGGAGCUGAUUUACAAAAGCAGUGUUAACUAUUAAGCUUGAAAAGUAUCUUACUAUGGGAUUCCAUAAAGUAAGGUAGACUGAAUUGUUCAAACUGAAGUACUUUUUCCAAGCACAUUUCUCAUUUGAGGUCAUAGCUUCAUGCUCGAUAUUAAAGCUGUAAAAGAAAAUUUCUUUCCUUGUUUUGAUUGUAAUAUUCUAAAAAUAUUAAAUAAUACACAUUUUUGUUUAACAUAUUAAAUAGACAGGUAAAUUUUCAAAAUAUGAAGUUGAUAGUAUUAAAUAUUGUGACAUGACAUAUUUUAUUUUUUUUCAAUUUUAUUGAAUCACCGUGAGAUAGUUACAAGCUUUCAUAUUUGGGUUACAAUCUCACAAUGAUCAAACACCCAUCCCUCCACCAGUGCACAUUCCCCACCACCAAUAUCCCGGGCAUACCCCCCCUUUCCCACCCUCCCCCUGCCUCUAAGGCAGACAAUGACAUAUUUUAAUGCAGUACCACAAGGAUGGGAUACUUGGAAAUAAUAAACUUCUAGAACCAGCAAGUAUGAGGAUCCCAUGAGUAUCUGACAUGGAUCGAGAGAUGAGCCAAAGGAAGCACAGUAAAAAAAAAAAAAAUCACAGUGAUGGAAACAUUUGAUGUGUAUAAAUAAUUUAAUGAUAGGCAUUAAUGUUCCUGGAAGAUAUAAUAUUUUUUAAAUGUUUCAUGCUUUCUAUAUAAUUACCUAAAUAAUGAUUUUUAUCCAUUCCAUCCAGUAGUUCCUGUUUCAACCUACUUAGGCACAUGUCUCCAUAGAAACUUAUCAUCCUUUAUGAUAACAGAGUAUAAAAAAUAUGUAAUGUCUCUUGGUAGACAUCAUAUUUAUGGUUUUAUGCAACAAUUACAUAAGCAAAUGUUAUAUUUAAAUUAAGUUGUAAUAAAUGUAAAUAAUUGAAAUUUCUUCUAUUUCAUCCAUUUUGUAGCAUUGUAGAGAUGGGGAGAGUUUACCUUGUUAAAUUAUUAAGAACUAGAUAAAUAAUUUAAGCUAAUUGUUCUCACUUUUAGUUAAUACAUUAUUUUCCACCUACUUGAAAGCUAGUAUAAAAUCUAUUAGGAAAUGUGUUAAAUAUUAGUAAGAUAAUUUUUAAGUAUUAAAAAAUGUUGAAGAUCAAAAUAAAUAAAAUAAUGAUCACAGAGUCUUUAUUGCACAAUUCACUCAGUUUCCCUCCCAUUUUCUAGGACAGGAACAAAGUUAUAAAGCGUGGAAGAUAAGCCUUAUGCUCAUCACUUGUUGUAUUUUUAUGUGUUGGAUAAUAGUGAACAUGUCCUAGCUUUAUUCCAUGUACCUGAUUUUCAAAAAUGUAUGCUCAAUGAGGAUAGAACAAUAAACAUUUUUUGACACUAUCCUAGCUAUGUUUAAAUUAUGUUAAUAAUACAUGUGGAUAAAGAAUUAGAGUAAAACAUUUAUUUUCAUACUUUCACAGUAAUUGUAACAUGUUUCUUGGGUAACAUAAUUUUUUUGUACAGUUUUAAGGAUAUCAAGCCUGUAUCUACAUUGAAAUGUCAACAAAAAUGCCUCAUACUCUCAUUGUGAAAAUUCAAUAUUAUUGUCAUAUUUACAAAUCCAGAAUUUUAUGUGACUAUGAAAUUAAUGUAAGCCUGAAAUAAGUAAAUAUAAUACAGUGGAGUCUAGCUUUCUUAUUUGAAGAUAUCUAUUAACAUUGUCUUUUAAGCAUACACUAGAACUUUUUGUUUUCAGUCUUCAAAAAAAUGUACCUUGGUAUACUACAUAAUUUAUUGUACGUUUGCUAUGUAAGUUUCAGACAUAUAUAUCUAUAAAUAUAUAAUGGUUCUAAACAUAUAUUUUGCCUGUUAGGAUAUUAUAUGAAUUAUGAGUAAAGUAAUUUGAUUUGAAUCUAUCAGUGUAAAUGUUUUAAACGACAUGGCAUUAAAGUGAAUUGAUAGAA